UUUUGGAUCUUCACACGGCUCCUGAAAUCGACGUGAUUUCUCCUGACAGGCUGUUGAGAAGUUCCCCGUUUCCCAAAGGCCCUGCGGAGACGUGUCCACCUUCAGACGGAGUAGAGCAUGAGGAGAUGAAUGGAGUGAAAGUGGAAGCAGAAGAAAGAGGAGAGGACUGUCAGCAGCUUCCUGCUCAAGGAGACACUGAGACACCAGAAGAACCUGCGCCCAAACAGAGCAGCCGUCAGCCUCGACGCCGUCACAGCUGUUCAAUAUGCGGCAGGGAGUUCUCUCGUCCGUCUCGGUUGGCGGACCACAUGGCCGCGCACGCUGGCGACAAACCGCACAGCUGCUCCAUUUGUGGGAAGCGCUUCACCAAGAAGAUCAACGUGGUGGUGCACCAGCGGGUUCACACCGGUGAGAAGCCGUACACCUGCCCGGACUGCGGGGUCAGCUACGCCCAGCUGGGCUGCCUGCGGAGGCACCGGCUCGGACACGCCGCAGAGAAACCCCACCACUGCCCGGUGUGCGGCCGUGGCUUCAUUCAGCGGCGGCAUCUCGUACAACAUGAACGGACGCACACUGGAGAGAGGCCGUUCUGCUGCCCACUGUGCCCCAAACGCUUCGCCUCCAGGACGGGCCUCAGCGAUCAUCAGAGGAGCCACACACAGGGGAGCCUCUACUCCUGCUCAGUGUGUCAGAAGGUUUUCUCCACGCCGUCAUCCUUCAGGGACCACGUGAGGCUCCACACUGGGCAGAAGCCUCAUCCCUGCUCGCUGUGCUCCAAGAGCUUCAACCGGCCGGGCCUGCUGAAGAAACACUUGCUGAAACAUGCGGAGGAGGAGGAUGAUGUGGUCAGAGUUGUAGGAGCAGAUGGAGAGGAGACAACGCUUUACCGCUGCUUCCUGUGCCACAAAGAUUUCUCCACCCCCGAGAAGCUGCAGUACCACAAGGUGCUCCACCAGAGGGCGCGGCAGUUUGUGUGUGACAUCUGCGGCCGAAGCUUCUCCAGAGGGUCCCGGCUGAGGGAGCAUGUCCGCUCUCACACUGGAGAGAGGCCGUACCAGUGUGACAUCUGCAAGAAACGCUUCUCCAUGCAGAGAGUGUUCAGGAAGCACCAGGAGAUCCACACCAGGGCCGCCAUGCCUGAGAGCAGCUCCACUCUGUUGGAGGCAGAUGACAAGAAUACUGACGGUGGCGAGGCGGCGGUGCAUUCAGUGCCAGUUCCUGUAAAGAAGCCCCACAGCUGCUCGGUCUGUGGGAAGAGCUACUCGAGGCCCUCCAGACUCAGAGAGCAUUUAAAGAUCCACGCGACGGAGAAGCUGCACCACUGCUCGAUGUGCACCAAGACCUUCACCACCACGACCAACCUGAGGGCUCACGAGAAGACCCACAUGGCCCACAAACCUCACUGCUGCAGCAUCUGCCCCAAGAGCUUCCUGAGGCCCUGCCUGCUCCGCAAACACAUGAGGAUCCACAUCAAGGACGGACUCAUCGCCACCCCCGCUGACAAGGAGUUCUGGCUCAACAUGAAGACUGAAGAAGAGGAGGAGGAAGAGGGAGAGGAGGGGAGAGAUGAUGGAGGGAUGAAGGAGGAGGAUUUGAAGGAACUUUCUCCCACUGCUGAGACCCUCAUCACUGAGUCCAGACCUCCACCUGUGAACCACGGUGACGAGGAGAUCUCACCGUUAAAGAGGGACAUUAAAGAAGAAGGCGUGGAGGGAGACGUCAGUGGUUUAAUCAACUCUGAUGGAGAGGAAGAGGACUGGAAACCGGCGCUGAUCGAACAAGAUGGCCGUUCAGAGAUUGAGGCUGACAGCAGCAGCGGGAAAAAGAAGCACUGCUGUCCUGUUUGUGGUCGAGAUUGUUUCAAGGCAUCGGCGCUACAGAAACACCUGAGGAUCCACUCAGGCGAGCGUCCGUUUCAGUGCCCCACCUGCAGAAAGAGCUUCACCCAGCACGUGCACAUGACGGAGCACCAGAGGAUCCACACCGGGGAGAAACCCUACACCUGCACCGACUGCAACAAGAGCUUCACCUUCUCCAGCGCCCUGCGCCGACACCAGCGCCUGCACACAGACGCCCGGCCGUACCAGUGCUCCGUCUGCCAGAAGACCUUCAAACAGCAGAGCUCGCUGAAAAGCCACCAGAUGACGCACUCAGGGGUCCGCUACCAGUGUCCGCUCUGCAGCAAGAGCUUCAGCCGCGCCCUGGAGCUCACCUACCACGUGGACGUGCACUCCGACACUCGGCCGUACUUCUGCAACAUCUGCAAGAAGAACCUGAGCGGAGCCAGGAUCUUCCGCAACCACAUGAAGAAACACGAGUCACCAAACCUGCCGCUGCUGAAAGCAGAACCGACAGAGACAGAGAUCUCAGAGGUUUGAUGGCGCAGAGGAAAACCAUCUGUCUCUGUAAAGACCUUUGACUUUUCAGCAGCCAAUCAUGUGUGGAUGAUAAGUUGGUUGGUAAAGUUCACACUACAGGACUUCCAAAGUCGUCAGAUGACUGUACUGCUCACACAACACAACUUGCUCUCUUGUAAGUCGUCGUGAUUUUCACACUAUGUAACUGAAACAGGAAAUUGCACAGUACAAGACCUGUUACCAGGAGGAAUCCCCGAUGAUGUCAUGUGAUGCACAGGUUGGGCAGGUGCUUACAAACAUCACAGGCUGUUAAUAACUUAAGCUGCGUUUUCGCCAAAAACAUUCGGAAUAGUACCGUUAGAGUCGUAAGUAACCCGCACGGACAUGAACCUAGACUGUAAAUCUGUUUAGUGUAAAUGUAGGCGGAGUUGUGUUACUCAGCUCUCGGUGAUGCAGAAGAACGUCCACACCUUGUUUAUCGUCCACAGAACAGGGUUACAUGUUGACGUUUUCGGAACACAAAACAACAGGCUGCAGUGAGAGUCUCUCAAAAAAAGCAGCUUCAUGCACCGAGUCCAUGUCAAGCAAGAGCAGGAGUGUAGUAGUGCCGCAGCACGCUGGGACGACGCUCUGCUGCUCUGUUUUUUUUUUCUCCAAGUCUGAAAACAGAAUAUUUGCAGUUCACAUGAUCCUGUAGCAAUUUAUAUACAUUUUUAAAGGCCUGAAGAUCCAGUCAUUACUAAAGCGAAUGUGGUCCAAGAGAGAAUAAAAACAAAUGUAAUGAUCAAAGUUGUCAUAUUGACAUUUAAUGUGUGCUGAUAGAUUUACGCCGUCAACUCUUGCAUUGAGUAAAGGCCAAAACACACCAGCAGUGAAUGCAGCGUGUCAUAAAAUACUCCUCCUGUGCUGCCCUGCUGCAUUUCACGCCACUGUCCUAUUUCCAGCCUCGCCACACCUGGAAUUAAACUCAUUUCCCCCACUCGCUCUCUGCCUGUACAGACCAGCUCCUGUGGCAGCUCGACUCCUCCCCUCAACAUGUAUAAAGAGAACUCUGUAGCUGUUACUGUGUCUCGUGUGACAAAGAAUGGAUGAGGAGAGACUUGUGGUUGAGGUUAAGAAAUAUCUCGAGCUAAAUGACCCACAGUCCUGUCAUUAUAAAGACAAUGGCCAAAAAGAUACUUCCUGUUGAGUCACAGCUCUGGAGAUCAGCUCUUCAGGUGAGAAGUCAAGUUUAAUUAGCCACUGCCCCACUUGAUUUUAAGCUAACACAGAGGUAGAAGAGAUACAGAUCUUUCAGUUACACCAGUUGACGCGUUCAGUGUGUGCUGGAUACGGCACUUGACGCGUGUCACAUGAUGCACUGCGGCGGCGCCGGUGUGUUUUCAGCUUAACAUACAAGAAAACAUUCCACCUUAAAAGUUGCCAAAGCUGCCGACAGUAGCCUUUGAGCAGUACAGUGAAUCCUCAACGAGUGAAGAUGAAGAAGCAGCAACACAUAAUUUUAUUUUAUACUUAUAGUUUAGUAAUGUGUGUGAAUUUGCCACCGUAGGAAUAAUGAUUACCAGACCAGUCAGAACUGACCUCUGAGCAGAGUGACGGCUCUCUGUUGACCAAUCAACGGACUGCAGUGGUGUCGGCUCCACCUUUUAGUAUCGACAGUUCUGUUUGUACCAUCUGUAACCGUUCAUAAUGGAAAUGCAAAAAUAACCAGCUAAUGUGUGGAUGUGUACUGGACUGUACUGCUCAGUGGAAACAAGGCGUUACAGAAACAUCAUUCUCCUCUUUGUCACUUUCUUUUUCUCCCUCUCAAACACACAUUCACACAGCUGAGAGCACCACUGGCCUCUGUCCUCUGGCCUCUGUCCUCAAACCCUGUCCUGGCUCUCAUUGGCUGUAGCUCGCUGGCAGGUCCCUGACAGGUCCAGAUAUUUAACCUGCUAGAUAUCCAGGGAGCGUCUGCGGUGCAUUGGUGACCUCGGCUCAUGACUUUGAACAGUUCACACAAUUUGCCUCUGAUCCGGAGCUUCUGACGGGAGCUCCAAAAACUGUCUGCAAGUGGAAAAGUGGGGCUGACGUGGUGUGAACGAGGCCUAACCCAGGGGUCGGCAACCUUCACUAUCUGAAGAGCUAUUAUUGGCCAACAAAGAAAAAAAAAUCUGUCCGAAGCUGCAGAACAUAUUUGAGCCUCGUGAUAAAGUUAACACAGACUUUUGUUUACCAACAGAUGCAAAUGAACAAUCAUUCAUAUGUUUUAGCACAACGUGGCUGUUAAUACUUAACUUUGCAGUCCUGCCAAUGAAAGCAAACAAAUUUGUCAAAACAUGAUUAAAUUCUCUGAGACUUUUCCCUUUUUGAUUUCACAGCUAUGAAGACUCAAGACUACUGCAGCCAUCACCAGUGAUGUUUUUACAGAAAAAGGUGCCAGGCCAGACAGAAUGUUAAAGCAUUUUUUUAAAUCAGUGUAUAGGCUACACAUUCUUACAGUUGAAGAAUGGAAGAAUCGCUUCAAGCUGUUGUUUAAAAGCGAACGGUUAUUUAUUUCCAUAUAAUUUACCAUCAGAGCCACAGGGGGCCUCUGGAGAGGGGCUGAAGAGCCACAUGUGGCUCUGGGGCCACAGGUUGCCGACCCCUGUCCUAUGGAUGCGUGUCUGCUGCUGUGUUUUUAUUUAUUUUUUUACAGCAGUAACAGUACCUUGAUGCGCUGCAUUGUCGCUGUCAUGGAUGUUUGAGGUGACCAUGAUUCAGUGAUGUAACAUUAGCAAAGGUAUUCGUCUUGGCCUUCAUAAAUUAAAGGCACUGCAGUUUGUAAAGUUAUCACGGGUUUAAACAAGUAAGUCUCAUGCACUCUUUGCACGUGAUUUUUUUCCCUAAAUCUGAAUUACUUCUGAACAGGAUGAUGAUGGUUGAUGUGCGGUUGAUUGUUGUUUCGCCCGUCUGCGGCUGCAACGUUCAAGAAAGUUUCUAACAUGCUGCUGCUGCAGGGUGCACGCGUAGCGGCAUGACCGCACCUCAAAAGUGACGGCUGGCUGUUAGUUUAGGAAGAUUUGAUAUGCAGCAGAGUUUUCUAUGAGCAGAGCACACAUUUAAAAUGUCAAUAUCACACUUGAUCAUUUUUAUUUCACUGUCGAGCCCAAAUCAUGAUCCUGACUGAUAUUUCAUUUUCUUGUGCGGCCCUGUGACCAGUUAGUGAAAUCAAAGUCCUGUGUUACAAACAGAGUGGGUAUGUUUAUCGUGUGGCCGUCCACAGUGAUACAAAUUGAUUUGAAGAAACGUGUCAAUCAUAACUUUAUUUCCUGAAUAACAAUAAGUAACUGCAGGUAGAGUUCGUGUCCGUUUCUAUCAAAUCAUUUGGUACAACCAGGACAGGUGGAUUUUUGAAGUGUGGACAGAGCCAGGCGCUGUUUCCUUCUGUUUCAGGUCUUUAUGUUAAGCUAGGCUAACUGACGUCCCUCUGAACAUCUCACUCUCAGAAUGAUAGAAAACGAGACAAUGGACCAAACUGCUGAACUGUUCGUUUAGAUUCAGCUCCGACUAAUUUCCUGUUUAUUCAGUUUUUCUCAUUUCUCAUUUAAAAAAACUCAAGUUUUGUUUUGGUGCUAAAAUAAAAAUGCUGUGAAUGAAGUUCAGUCUUUCAGUCAGUGAGCGUUCACUUCUUCACUGACAUCACUGGUUGUGCCACGGGUCAGCAGCCUGCAGCCACAUGUGGCUCUUUAUCCCUUCUACACUGGCUCCUGUGGGUUUGUCAAAAAGGAAAUAAGUUAUUUUUUAACAUUUUUAUUUUCACGCAUCAUUGUUCUAGGCCUGAAGUGAUUUCACACUCUCCGAUUGUAAAAAUGUGCAGCCUGUACACUGAUGGCUAACGAUGGAUUCCAAAUCCAACAAAGUACAACACAGAUUUGUUUGUUUUCAGAGUUAAAGUAGCGCAUCAUCAUGAACAGCUCGCUGCAGAGGAGCGACCUCGUGGUAAAACAUAUGAAUGAAUGCUCGUUUGGAGCCAGUAGUGAUGUUGGUAGGCUUGUUUAGAUUCCUUUGUUCCUUCAGUUUUGUGGCUCCAGACUGAUUUUUGGCUCUUCUAAUAGUAAAGGUUGCCGACCCCUGAGUGAACACACAGACAGUUUGUGCUGAGCGACGAGGCCGUUCUGCUGCUACAGAGUGUCAGCGUGUCAUUACGGUCCUGCAGGUGGAACCAAAGGCAGUGAACGCAUCACUUAUUUAUUUAUAGUAGAAAAUCACUGAGACUCUGCUGUCGUCAUGUUUCUCAAGAUCACUGACUGUUCAAUAAAGUGACUGAGACACUAAACGUUCUGUCAUCCACUCUUUAACCCUUUAAAAUCCUGGAGAGGCGUCACUGUUCCUGUGCUGCUGUCA